CGCGAGCCGCGAGGAGAAGCCGCUGUAUUUCCUGUCGCUCCUGACGCGAGGCGGGCGCGAGCUUGGAGACAUGUAAAGAUGGCGGAGCUGGAGAUGCUGCUGGAAGAAGAGAUUCCCGCGGGUCGCAGGGCGUUACUGGACAGCUUUACCAAUCUCGAAAGAGUCGCAGAAUAUUGUGAAAGCAACUACGUCCAGGCUCCAGACAAGCACAUCGCUCUUGAGGAAACCAAGAACUACACAACUCAGUCCCUGGCCAGUGUGGCCUACCUGAUCAACACCCUUGCCAACAAUGUGCUCCAAAUGCUCGAUAUUCAGGCGUCCCAGCUGCGCCGUAUGGAGUCCUCCAUCAACCACAUCUCUCAGACUGUGGAUAUCCACAAAGAAAAAGUGGCAAGACGGGAGAUCGGAAUUCUCACGACCAAUAAGAACACCUCUCGCACCCAUAAAAUCAUUGCUCCCGGCAAUCUCGAAAGGCCUGUGCGGUACAUUCGCAAACCUCUCGACUACAGCAUCCUGGAUGACAUCGGUCAUGGUGUGAAGUGGUUGCUUAGGUUCAAGGUCAGCAACCAGAACAUGAAGAUGGGCGGUCUGUCUCGCACCACACCUCCCACACAGAAACCACCCAGCCCCCCGAUGCCAGGCAAAGGCACCCUAGGGAGACACUCCCCCUACAGAACACUUGAACCCGUGCGUCCUCCCGUUGUACCUAAUGAUUACAUCUCAAGCCCCACACGUAAUCUGGCUCAGAGUCCCGUACGCACGGCGUCUGUCAAUCAGAGGAACCGGACUUACAGCGGCAGCAGUGGAGGCAGUCAUCCCAGCAGUCGCAGCAGCAGUCGUGAGAACAGUGGCAGUGGAAGUGUGGGGGUCCCUAUCGCCGUGCCCACACCCUCUCCACCCAGCGCCUUUCCAGCUGCGGUAAGUGUUGACCUCGCCAGCACACCCUCAGCUCCAACUAACUCCACCCAACCUUCUGUCACUUCCUCUAAUUUGACUCUCACCCAACCCUCACCCAACCCAACCGAGUCUGUCACCACCCACCCUGACAUUACUGACAGCUCUCUGGCCGCAGCUAAGGGCUCUCCUCCCUCUCAACCACCUCUCACUACAGCUGCAGAUAAUGUGGCACCAGUCACCAACACCAGCCCUGUGACAGGCAGUCAUCAGUUCUUCAGCAUGAACAGGCCGGUCACCAGACAGAUAUCACCAGCUGUGGGGGGAUCGCUGCCGUAUCGCCGGUCGCCCUCAAUUACAGGCCAAGCUUCCAUGCCCUCCAGCCAGCAGAACGGUGGUCCCUAUUACAGUCAGAACCAAGCCUCAGUGGUCCCUCCUCCCCCUUCCGUACUGCAGAUCACACCUCAGCUUCCGCUGACGGGUUUUGUGGCUCGAGUACAGGAAACCAAGACACCUCACCCCGCAGAAGAGCCAUGUGAGGAGAAACGUCCUCCUCCUUCAGAGGAAUAUGAGGAAGAGUCUGCUGUGGUAGAAUACAGUGACCCGUACGCUGAAGAAGAUCCACCCUGGGCUCCACAGACUUACCUGGAGAAAGUGGUGGCGAUCUACGAGUACAACCAAGACAAAGAAGAUGAGCUGUCUUUCCAGGAGGGGUCUAUCAUCUAUGUCAUUAGGAAGAACGAUGACGGCUGGUAUGAAGGAGUGAUUAACUGCACGACCGGACUCUUCCCUGGAAACUACGUGGAGUCCAUCAUGCACAACACAGAGUGAGCGUGUCAGCUGUCCUUCAUCCCUCUCGAAGAGUUUUUCUUUAUAGAGCACAUGUGCCAAUAACAAGCUGAGCUCGAACACGACUAUUGCACCGUGGACUUGAACACACUUAUUCGAGAUAUUAUAUAUAUUAACAUUGAAAGCUAAUAUGUUUACUGUUUAUAUGAAGGAUGACUUUGAUGUUCAGGAUGUGCAUAAGCUAGAGUUGAAGUUGUUGUUGCCGUUGUUGUCGUUAUAAUGUUUUCCAUUGCACAAGGUGAUGUUAGCACAGCGGCUGACUGAAUUCUGUUAAAUGGACUCUAUUCUCCAACCGUCUUUCAAAAAGGGAUUUCAUUUCAUUGUAAUUAAGGGGAACAUGGAGCUGAACGGAGGAGGGAAUACAGAAACGCAGCUUUCUAUUUAUUUGUGAAUUUUUAAUCUUUGUAACGUGUUUAAUUUUAAUACUCUUUUCAUUAUCUCAUUAAAAGACUUUUCUUUGGGUA